CCCAAUCAUAUCUGGCUCCGCCGUAUCGUCACUGGCGUUAUUGUACAAGUUCCACGCGUGAAUCUGUCAAGCUUGUAGCGGGAUCGUGUCCCUCUGCGCGUCUGAUGAGCAGGACUGUGGCGCCCGCCCGCCGCCGUGUGAAGAAGUGACGCUUGUGGGAGACAUGGAGCACAUAAGAACCCCGAAGGUGGAGCAGGUGAAGCUUCUAGAUCGCUUCAGCAACAGGUCGACCACGGGGACGCUGCACCUGACCGCCACACAUCUCAUCUUCGUGGAGAGCGGCACGAGCUCAAGCAGCGCCCAGGAGGUUUGGAUCCUGCACCACCACAUCUCCUCCGUGGAGAAGCUGUCCCUGACGACCAGCGGCUGCCCGCUGCUGAUCCAGUGCCGCAACUUCCGUGUGGUGCACUUUGUGGUGCCCCGCGAGCGCGACUGCCACGACCUGUACAGUUCGCUGCUGCGACUCCUGAGGCCAGUGUCGUUCGACGAGCUCUAUGCCUUCUCCUACAACCCCAAGCAGAACGACCAGCAGCGGGAAGAAGGCUGGCAGUUAAUUGACUUGAGUGCGGAGUUUGAGCGCAUGGGUGUACCAUGUGACCAGUGGCACUGGACCGAUGUGAACCGCGAGUACAAGGUGUGCGACUCGUACCCGAGGGACCUGUAUGUGCCUGUCGCCGCCAGCAAGCCCAUCAUUGUCGGCAGCUCCAAGUUCCGCAGCAAGGGCCGCUUCCCUGCGCUCACCUACUUUUACCAGGAGAAGAAGGCAGCGGUGUGUCGGUGCAGCCAGCCGUUGUCGGGCUUCAGCGCUCGCUGCCUGGAGGAUGAGCACAUGCUUCAGGCCAUCAGCAAGGCGAACCCCAACAGCCGCUACAUCUACGUCAUGGACACGCGGCCCAAGCUCAACGCGCUGGCCAACCGGGCGGCGGGGAAGGGCUACGAGAAUGAGGACAACUACUCCAACAUCCGCUUCCAGUUUGUGGGCAUCGAGAACAUCCACGUGAUGCGCGCCAGCCUGCAGAAGCUCCUCGAAGUGGUGGGCGCUCGCGCUCUCUCCGUCACCGACUACCUCCUGGGGCUCGAGAGCUCCGGCUGGUUGCGGCACAUCAAGGCCAUCGUGGACGCCGCCAUCUUCCUGUCCAAGGCCGUGACAGCAGAGGGCGCCAGUGUGCUGGUGCACUGCUCCGACGGCUGGGACAGGACAGCCCAAGUGUGCUCCCUGGGGGCGCUGCUGAUGGACCCUUACUAUCGCACUCUCAAGGGCUUCAUGGUUUUGAUUGAGAAGGACUGGAUCUCCUUCGGACACAAGUUUGCUGACAGGUGUGACCAGCUGGACGGGGAUCCUAAGGAGGUCUCCCCCAUCUUCACGCAGUUCCUGGACUGUGUGUGGCAGCUGAGCGAGCAGUUCCCGCAAGCCUUCCAGUUCAGCGAAUGGUUCCUCAUCCAGAUUCACGAGCACGUCCACUCCUGCCAGUUCGGCAACUUCCUGUGCAACAGCCAGCGGCAGAGGGAGGAGCUGCAGCUGAGGGAGAAGACCUACUCGCUGUGGUCCUUCCUGCUGAGCGAGCAGCACAACUAUGAAAACCCGCUGUACAGCGCUGCGCUGGCAGAGCGAAACCCCGUCCUGGAGCCGAGCACUCAGCCGUGCCACUUCAAGUUCUGGACGAACAUGUACCACCAGUAUGACCGGACCAUGCACCCCCGCCAGUCGCUCCUCAAGCACCUCCUUGCUGUCAGGGAGAGCAGUUGUGCGCUGGAGAAAACAGCCCAUGAACUGGAGGCGAAACUGCAGAAGCUGGGUGUGAGCAUGCCCUCUCUUGGCCUUGGCUCAGCGCACCGGCCCCGCCCACAGUCCCUCAUCCUCGGGACACCCCAUGGGCACAAAGAGGAAGACGGGGAGCAGGAGGGGGAGGGGCUUCCGGCACGCAGUGAUGGGGAGAGGACAGUAGAGGGCAGCAGCGCCACGGAGAACAGCUACGCGGAGCUUCAGGGUCCCUUCGGAGCCAAAGCGGAGCCCCAUCUCGUGAGCCUGGAGUUCGGGGUGGCCAGGAUGACCUGCUGAGGCCUGCGGGACGCUGGAGGAGGCGGGAGGGCUUGAGGUUCGGGGACAUUUGGGAUGGUCUUCAAGGCUCCCGUUUGGUACGGGCCGAGCUCAAGGCUUGUGGAGGUGCAGAUUGCGUGCCGUCCACGUGCACUGGAUUAAUAACUGGUUCCUGCUUUUACUGCAUUACGUCUUUUCUUUCUUCUCCUACAGUCGGUGGCUUUCACUUAGUGGUCCAUGAAUGCAGUGCUGGAGGUGAAUAAGGAUGGGGAUCAGGGUGGUGUCUUUCACUGGAGGAGUGUUUAUUGAGAUGCUCAAGCCAUUUAAGGAGUCCUACUAUGGGUGGUGGCAUUCCAGAAAGGGGUUUUUGUCUGCGUGUGUGUGGGCGGGCGUGCAGGCAGGCAGGCGGGAGGAGGUUCACUCGAGUCACUGGGAUAGGAUCGGGACCACAGCCGUGUCCAGCUUUUCCCGUCUGUCACCGACUGGCUCUGUGGACUGGAAGGAGGGACCCAGGAUGCAGCAGGACACUUUGGGAUGAUUGCAGAAAAGUCCAAGGAGGCGAAGGGGACACGACUUUCUGUGCGUGCGCGCACCCGCAGACUGAAGUGUUGCCAAACAGCUCGAGUCCUCCGUUACAUCCACUGUCCACUGGAAUGUUCACGAGCAGCCAGCGACCUGGGUCCAAGGCCAUGUGAUGCUUUCACACCAUGGUCUCUGUUCCUCCUCCGCAUUGUUUUCCUGUUGAUGACCUUAUUGAUGACCCUGCUGCUCACCCUGCGAGUCGUCACACCGAGAGCCCAGGGAGCCGGGUCCCUCCACCGUUCUUCAUAUCUCUGUGCUCCCACACUUGCCUUAUGUCUCUUUCACGCUCUUGCCGCCAUGUUGACAGCCUGAUGUUUUGCCAGCCGUGGACUGAGCGUGUCCCCACGCACGCACGCACGCGGCUGAAUGCAGGAUGUAGAGGACAAUAAAGCUGAUGUG